ACUGUGGAUAAGGUCCUGGUCCAUGAAAGGAAGAUGUACAUUAAGAUGUACCUGUGGAAGAUGUUCUUCUUCUCUGCAUGGUCACCAACUGGACAUGCUAAGUACAGUAGCCUUCCAGAAGUAGUGAUACCCUUGAGGGUCAAUGUCUCUAGCAGGAAUAAUAUUUCACGAGCUUGGCUGUCCUAUAGUCUGCACAUUCGUGGGCAGAGACACAUAAUCACUAUGAAACCAAAGAAAAACUUGAUAUCCAGAAACUUCUUAUUACUCACUUAUAGUGACCAAGGUGAUCCACUUGAAGAACAGCCUUUUGUGCAGAAUGACUGCUACUACCAUGGCUAUGUGGAUGAAGACCCAGAAUCCUUGGUCAUUGUUCACACCUGUUUUGGGAGUUUGCAAGGCAUACUAGACAUAAAUGGCACAACUUAUGAAAUCAUGCCCAAGAGCUCAACUUCAACAUUUGAACAUCUGGCUUACGAACUAGACAGUGAGGAGUCAGAAUCAAUUCCCAUGAGAUGCGGGUUAACUGAAGAUGAAAUAGCAAGACAAAUGAAGCUUCAAGAAAGAGUUGCCUCAACACUUUUGCAAAUCCCAUAUGAAAAUUGGUGGACCCACCAUAGGUUUAUUGAUUAUUUUGUUGUAAUAGACCAUAAACGUUAUGUUUAUAGAAACAACAAUACCACAACUUGUCUUCAAGAUAUGUUGCAAAUAGUCAAUGGAAUAAAUGGUUAUUAUCUUCAAAUAAGUAUGGAUGUGGUUUUAACCAAACUUGAAGUGUGGACUGAACAAAAUCAUAUCAAUGUAGAACAAAGUAUAUCUAAUGUUCUACGUGAUUUCUCCGAUUGGAAGCGAGCCUCAGUUGGCAAUGAAAUUAGAUAUGAUGUUAUACACCUUUUUGCCAGACAUGGUUAUGGUAUAUCUUUAGGGUUAGCUUAUGUAGCUACUGUUUGUUUAACUCUUAAUUGUGCAGUUAUCAGUUUUGUGUCUGAUGACAUGUUAGACAUCGCAUUCGUUGUAGCACAUGAGAUGGGUCAUAACUUGGGUUUGAUACAUGAUGUAAAGGAUUGUUAUUGUGGGAGAAAAACCUGCCUAAUGGCUGCCUAUAAAUCAAAUUCCCCCAAAUUCAGCAACUGUAGUUUCGAAUAUCUAUAUUCAUUUCUUUUUCCAAGAACUUGCUUAUACGAUACACCAGAAACACUAGAAACACUAGUAACAACAAACCUGACUGAAUGUGGGAAUAACUUAGUUGAGGAAGGAGAGCAGUGUGAUUGUGGGAGCUCUGAAUCCUGUUCAAAAGAUCCAUGCUGUAGCGAGGACUGUGUUCUCAAACCUGGUGCCCAAUGUGCUUCUGGGCUUUGUUGCCAACAUUGCCAGUUCCUUCAAACAGGCUCAGUGUGUAGAAAAGAGAAAAAUGAGUGUGACCUUCCAGAGUGGUGCAAUGGAACUUCAGCUGAGUGUCCAACAGAUGUGUAUAAAGAAGUCGGAAGCCCUUGCAGUGGCGGUGGUUAUUGCUAUAAGAUGGAGUGUCAUCAACAUGAUGAACAGUGUCGGAAGAUUUUUGGCAAUGGAAGUCGAAGUGCAAGUGGAAUUUGCUACAUGGAAAUGAACAAACGGGGUGACCGCUUUGGUAACUGUGGUAUUGAUGCCCAUAAAUACAUAGGAUGCAAACUAGCUAAUGUACACUGUGGGCGAAUUCAGUGUGAGAAUGUGACAGUACUUCCCCAAAGGAGAAACCAUGAAACAUUGCAUUCCACUCACUUCAGUAAUAUCACCUGUUGGACUAUAGACUAUCAUUUUGGAAUAACCUUAGAUGACAUUGGAGCAGUGAACGAUGGCACAGUUUGUGGUCCACAGCAUUUAUGUAUUGACAGAAAGUGUGUACACCAGUCCAUUCUGUCAAGUAACUGUUCAACAAUCGUUUGCCAUAUGCAUGGAGUCUGCAACAAUAAACAGCACUGCCAUUGUGACCUCACAUGGGAACCCCCAGACUGUCAACUACAUGGCCAUGGAGGUAGUAUAGACAGUGGGCCAGCUCCUGUGCCUUUAUCUCCUUCCAAUUGGAGUAUGUACUUCAUAGCUUUUUUACUUAUGUGUGUGCUUGGCUUAAUUUCUUUGUAUGUCCUAUUUAAAUUAAGGAUAUUACCUCUAAAAAAAGUGGUGCCAAACACAGAAUCUGGUGAUAGACACCUUACCUGA